UGUAGGGCCUGAAAUUGCAUGUUUACUUAUCUCUACUUCCAGCUUGUGUAUCUCGAGUUUUUCAUGAAGAACCUCAUACGUGCUUUUGGGCAAGUGGUUGCCACAUGUUGCUCCAUCUGUGGUAGAAAGCGUUCUACCCAACGAAAAUUUGGGGAAAAGUUAGAGCCGGUCUAAGUUAUGAGAAUUAACAUUGGAGUCAAUGGGGAAAUAUUUAGUGAUCUGUGUCCAUCCGGAGCCCGUAGGGCCGAUAACUCUAUUUGUGUGUACGUGGUAAAGUCUGGACAAUGAAGACUUGUUUACAACUACGAAGUUAGUUUCAACGUUGAUAAAAAGCAUUUUUAAAUCGACUAAAGUUUCUGUUUGUUUAUAAACAAAAUGGACCCAAUUGAAGUAAAUGAAAUUCAAGGUGUUUGGUCAUACCUAAAGACUAUUGAUUGGUCUGAUAAUUGGUUAAAAUAUUUGGGAGGAUUUCAUCUACUGUGUAUAGUUCUAACUGUAUUAACCAGACAUAGUACAACUAUACAAGCUUUUUAUUUUGUAUUUUUAUUAUUAGCAAUAUAUUCAGCAGAAUAUAUAAAUGAAUGGGCAGCCACUAAUUAUAAGUUAUUUUCUAAACAACAGUAUUUUGAUAGUAAUGGAAUGUUUGUAUCUAUAGUAUAUUCUUGUCCUAUAUUAUUUAACUGUUUAGUAAUUGUGAUUUUAUGGUUGUGGAAUACAGGUGUUCUGUUAAACGAAAUCAAGAGAAUGAAAAUUAGAAAAAUGGCAGCUGCUGCAAAGCAAAAAGAAGAUAAAAAAGAUAAAUAAAAUGAUGUAUUCCAUUUAUUAAAGACAAUAAGAUAUGACAGUUAAUUCUAGGAGUGAUAAUUUGUUCUGUAUAGUGGUUGCAUUUAGCGGCAGGUGUGAUGAGACUGACUAUGGAUAUACAAGUGACAUUAAAAUCAUCAGUGCAUUCCAUUAUUUGUAACUUUGUGAAUAAGUCCAUGUUCAUUCAUAUCAUCGUUUUUUGUUCAGCAUCUUCAUGUAUCAUUUGUUUUUUGUUGCAACUAGAAUCUCUUACAGGUGACAUGAGAAUUAGUAGAUACACCGGAUAUGAUUGUAUGUUUAAAUUAAGCAGACUAUGAUUAUUUAAAGACAAAUCUUGUUUGAUUAUUUAUAACAAUGGAAUGUUGUUUGUCUCAUCAAGAGAAUAUAUUUUUGUUGGUUUGAGAUUAACAUAUACAUGUACCUGUAUAUAGUAAUUUUCUUUUUUCUAUAUUUACGUAAGGGGGUUUCAGCAUACUUAUUUCUUGGAAAUUCCAACUGCCAGGGGAUCUCUUACAUGCAAAGUCAAUUUUUACACGACAGCAGCAUUGUCCCAUCCAAGCAACAAGUAAACACACUUAUUGGUCUACCUCGCAUGCCCCACCCAACCGGACAAGUGGAAACCGGGUUUAAAGGAUUUUCAAAUCCUGAAUAUUGAAGAAGUUGCAAGUCCAAUGUAUACAUAUUUACACAAUCACCACAAUUCACCAUACAUAGGUCUGUGUAUGACUAAUCAAUUCUGAUAGAUAUGAAAUGCAAUCUCUAAUUCCCCACUAGGAAGCCAAACACCACAUUGAUUGAUGCAAAAUCACAAAUUCUUAAUUGUACUAUUAUCUUUAAUCAUUGAAUAAAUUACAUUGUUAUAAAAAAAUUCAUGUACAUAUACUAUUCAAAAAAAGUAGGGGAUAUUUGAUUUUGGGGGCAUAAUACUAAAAUAUGCAAAUGACUACGAAAAAAAGUCACUAUAGAACCUAACAGAAGAAACAUUUCCAGUUACAUGUGACGCCCAAACGCACCAAUAGCUACCGCAUGGAAUGCAGGUGAUGCUUGGGAUCAUCAUGGGGGUCCAACCCAAGAUUUGCACGACUCUGACUUUGAAUGUUACAGUCAUUGUGGCAUUGAAUUCCAGGGUGGAAAGAUCAGUUUAAUUGUUUUAGUGACCAGAAAACAAAUUUUGAUAUG